AUGAAGAGUUUCGUCGCUGCAGGUAUUAUCGGUUUGUCCUUAGCUAACUCCCAAAACAAGGAAGUCUAGAAUUUCAUUUAUAGAGAUGAUAUUGGUGCUUUCUGGGGUAUUAAGGGUUAUGAAGAAUUGGUUACCGAAGUUGGUACCCACAAGGGUCAUAAUUAUUGGCCCCAAUUUUCAUUCUUGGGUACCUACGAUUCUGGUUCAGUCAGAAGAGGUUUCCAAGUUUUUGCCAGAAAUUGCGGUAACUGUCAUGGUAUGAUUUACAAGAAGUACGAUUACUUAUUGGAUAAGGCUUACAGAUAAUUAGAAUUAGCUCAAAUGGUUAGCGAUUUCACUAUUCACCCUGCCCAUCAACAUUUUAAACAAUAUUACUAUCAAGAAUGGGAUGAGAGAGAUAGAGUUAUUUGCGAUCACAUCUAUCCUCCUUACUUCUCUUAGGAUCAAGCUAAGAAUGCUAACGGUGGUGUCUGGCCUACUGAUUUCUCUAAGAUUAAGCUUAGACCUGGUGGUAUUAACUACAUUUAUAACAUUUCUACUGGUUAUCACUUCACUCCUCCUUUCGGUAUGGAUGUUCCUAAGGGCAAAUACUUCAAUCCUUACUUCGAUCACAUGAUUAUUGGUAUGCCCAGAUAAUUAGUUGAUGGUUUGGUUGAUUACGAUGAUGGUACCCCCGCUUCUACUCCCUAGAUGGCUUAUGAUGUUUCUAACUUCAUUAACUUCAUGUAAAGAAGAGUUGGUUACAAGAGACCCGAUAAGAUGGUUAGAUAUUAUAUGGUCUUCACUGGUGGUUUACUUAUCCUUCCCUUCAAGUAUUUCAAGACAAAGGCCUACUACAGAAACCUUCUCUCCUUAAGAUGGGAAAUGUACGCUGUUAGAGAUGGUGUUUACUACAAUCACUUCAAAUAUGGUGGAUACAAUUCCAGAGCUUACUAAUUCAGAGGUUACUUCUGGGCUUGA